UUUACUUUUGUUCGUUUAUUCUCUUAUUUAUUCCAUAAAAAUAUAUUUAUACUGAUUUUCAUUAUUUAAAAUCUCAAUUAUCUUAUUUUUUUACUUUCUUGUUAGUCUCUGUUUUUACAAUUACUUGUGUAAUUUUUUCUUUUUUUUUUGAAUUCUUUUUUUUUUCAAUAAUCAAACUAAAAUAAAAGGAUUCAGCCUAAAUUUUUUUUCCAGUUCUUGAGCUACUGUUUAAGUUAUUCUAUCAUUUUCCUAUUCAUUUGAAAUAAAACUUUUGGUAAAAUGAAUCGAAAUCCUAAAGUUGCUCCAGAUCAUUACUCUAUCCUAGGUGUCGAUAGAAAUGCUUCAGAAUCCGAGAUUAAAAAAUCAUACAGAAAAUUGGCUUUAAAAUAUCACCCCGAUAAAAAUCCUUCAAAGGAAGCUGCUGAUUUAUUUAAAUCAAUUGUCGAUUCCUACCAUGUUUUAAGUGAUACAACUAGACGUUCUGAAUAUGACAGAAAUUCAAUUCAUUAUUUUAAUCCUCCAAAUCCUCCAAAUUCUCACAAUGCUAGAAGACGUCAACAACAUCAAAGUUAUCAACAAUCGCAGCAAUUCGAACCUCAAUUUCCUAAUUUUGGUCAAUCUUACUCUUCCUUCUUUAGCAAUUUAUACGGCCAACCUCCAUAUACUUAUCCUUUCUUCGCUGAAACUAACGUAAAUCCGAAUCCAAAUCCAAACCCACUCUUUGAUGAUGGUAAUAUUAAUAAUAGUAAUUCCAGUGAUUCAUUCCCAAAUGCCAGUCAGAAUUUUAGCUUUAGAAGUUUUCAAAAUACUUUUUCAAAUCCUUUUCCCAAUUUUCAAAAUCCAGCGAAUACUCCAUUUCAACAAAGUUAUCAAAACUCUAGAAAUACAAAUCCUCCUACUCAAGCUGAUUAUAAUGCCUCAAAUUCAAAUGCUUCCCAUAAACAAAGCCAUCCAAAACCUCAUAAUAAUAAAAACAAUAAGAAUAAUAAGAACAAUAAAAAUAAUAAGAAUAACGACAUUAAUAAUAAUAACGACGAUAGCAGUAAUAACACUUCAAAUCCAAAUCCAAAUCCAAAUCCUUAUUCGAGUAAUUUUUCUUCUUUUUAUAACAACUACAAAAAUCAAAAAGACACGGAAUUUCAAUCUCAAACUAAUAAUACUAAGACUAAUCACAAAAAAGGUAAACUUUUUAAUCACAAUACCAAAAAGAAAAAGGGUUUUAGUUUAUAUUCCAAUGAAGAUGAACCUGCUUUCAAUCCCAAUCAAGAGAAAAAAGAAACAGCAAAUGGAAAUGAAAAUGGAAAUAAAAAUGGAAAUGAAAAUGAAAAUGAAAAUGAAAAUGAAGACAAUAUAAUUAACGAAAAUUCACCUUCAAAACCCGUAGUUAUUGAUUCUGAUGAAGAUUCUUCUGUAGAUGAAUCUGAGCUUUCUUUGAAAAAAAAUGUCAAGAGAUCUAAUGAAACGAGCACCAAUGACCAUUCUGCCACUAAAAAACAAAAACCUACUCUGUCCAAUUCAACGACAUCAAACAUCUUUUCAUAUAAAGGUGAAGCUGUGAACAACCAUUCAAUUAAUAAAAACAAUAACAAAAGCUCGGAGAAGAAGUCACCAAGAUCGUCAUUAUUUAGUAGAACUAGAAAUCUCCAUAAACAAAGAAAUCCAAAUAGAUAUAGAACUCGCUCAGCUUCAAAAGCUCCAAGUCUAAGAGAAGAAGCGCUAGCUUAUAUUGAGAUUGAAUCAUCCGAUAGCGAUACUAUAGUUUCGACAAAUAAAUCCAAGAAAUCAACCAAGAAAAAAAAUAAUAGUAGUACUAGUACUAGUAAUAUUAGUGUUGAUUUUAGUAGGAAUAAUGCUCCUAAUAAAAAAGAUGAUAAUCAUCUUUCAAAAACUGGAAAUAAAAUUGAUGGCAAUGGUAAUAAUAAUGACAGUAAUAACAAUAAUAACAAUAAUAACGCGAAGAAUGGCAAAAAUGGUAUGAAUUCUCCAAAUAUUGAUAUAACAGAUUAUUUUAAACCAAUAUCUAAGGAAACUAUAUUAAAGGGAAAUUCAAAUAGUAGUCUGGAAAAAUUAAAAAAUAGAUUAGGUAUUUCAGAGAUUAUUGGUGGCAUUGAAAAGGACAAUAGACUUUUUAAUGGCAAUAAUAACAACGGUAGUAAUCUGAAGAAAAGAAAAGGGGAUUCAGGUAGAGCAUUUAGAACCGAUAUUGAAGAGGAAGUAUCUACAGAUUACUUGGAUGCCAUAUCAGAGGAAGAAAAAGUUGAUGUAUUAAAUUUUUUUAGGAAAGAUAAAGAAAUAAAAGUACCAAUAUCAGUAAAGAAGAAUAUGAAAAAUAUGAAUAUUGUUGGAAAUUUACCUAAUGAAUUUUCCAAACUUGAAACAGACAAAUUGAAUGAUGAUGUCUUUAAUAACAAUAGUAAUAAGAAAAUUGAAAUUAAUGAGAUCAAUGUUAAUGAAAAAGAUAUUGUGAACAUAUCUGAUUCGGAUACUGAUUCUGAAAGUGAUGAAAUCAGGAUAUCAGGUUUAAGAAGGGCGUAUACAAGUAACGAUAUACAUAAUGCAACACAUAGAAACAAUAAAUUGAAAAUUGAUGAUGCAGAUGCAAAUGCAAAUGCAAAUGCAAAUGCAAAUGAAGAGGAAGAUUAUCAAGAGAAGACGAAGAAUACAAAUUUUGAACAAGAUGAUGUGUUAAUGAACGAGUAUGAUCCAGAUGUUGAUUCUGAUAUCGAUGAAAUUAUUGAUACUCGAAAUGUAAAAAAACCGAAUUCAUUUAAAAGCGGAAAAGAGAUAAUCAUGGAGAUAUUGAAAGAGGAAACAGGGGGGAAAGAUAAAGGCAUUGUAUUAGAUGAGAUUAAUAGAAAGAUGUUUUCAAAUAAUUUUGAUAUGAAAAGUAUGAAUUUGAUGUUUAACGAUAAAGAUAAUGGUAGUAGCAAUGAGAAGAAUAAAGAAAACCGAGAUAAUACUACCACCAUUCCCCCUACUAUUACUACUACUACCACUACCACUACCACUACCAAUAAUAAUAAUACAAAUAAUAAUAAUAACACUACUAGUUUUUUCUCUAAGAUGGACAAGUCAAAAAAUGAACAAAUUGACAAUCUAAGUAUGCCAGUGAAUAAAACUAUUCCCAGGAUGAAAUUUGAUAUGAAUUUGAAUACAGUGGGGAAGAAUAAUAGAAUAAAUAAAAAAAUAAGAAGAGUGUCAAGUGAAGAAUUAUGUCUGAACAUCGACAGGCUUUUUAGUAAAUUGAAAGAGCCUAGCAUACCGGAUAUUUUCAUUUCUAGCAAUAAAAACAACAUACCAAAUUCGAAAAAAGAAGUGAGUGAGUACAAAGAAGCACUCAAAGGAUAUGAAAACCGAUGGAGCAAAUGCUACCUCAAAUGUCUCAGCUACCUCAAUAAAAGGGGCCAGGCCAAUUCACAGAAUCUGAACUGGAUAUUCCCCAGCAAUGCUGGUGACGAGGACGAUGAUGAAGAGGACGUGGACUCCAGUUCUGGGAGUUCAUCGAUUGAAAGAAGCCAGUUCCAGCGAGAGAACAUCAAGGUCUUUGGCAAAGGCCUCAUAUCAGACACCCAGGUGUUGCUAAAAAUGGUGGAUCUCAUCCAGCAGAACAAACAGGUUAUCAAGGAAUUCAACACGUUGAUCAAGAACGCUGAGCGCUGGCUCAAAACUGCCGGUACCCCACGUGAAAGUCACGCAGAAACACAGUCCAGCACUGCACCCGCAACCAUCGACCAUCACCCUCUAUCUACCUCGUCCGAGACUUCCUCUAUUCAGCCCAAGUUGGCUCCAGGCCUGUGCACCAUGGCAGAACCAAGCAACACCAGUCCAAACAAUCUCGGUAACAAAUCCAACAAAUCUUCCAACAGAAACACUUUGGAUGAUGCCAGAAAACAGCCACCAAAGAAAACAAGACCAAGAUCUAAGUCAAUUGGUAAUCCCAACAACACCUAUAAAUAUCCCCUCAGCCACCUAAGCUCUUUUGCCAAUUCUCUGCACUCCUCUCAAAGCGUUCUUCCUUCCCACUCUCAAUCCACCAUAAAGACUCCACGAAACAGAGCUAGCUUUGAGCUCACCACCUCCAACCAUCGUAAUAUGGAUACCACUGAUCCCUCCACCUUGUCGAAUCUCUUUGCCAGCACCAGCACCACUGCUACUACCAAUAUCAACAUCAACACCAAGAAAAACGCUCAUAAAAACCAUCCAAUCAAUGUACAGGCCAAUACACCCACCACCAACAAUGGCAGCAAUAGUAACAACAACAACUCUCACGAUGUCUCCAAUAAUAAUCAGAUCAAAUCUGGUAGAUUUGCUUGGGUCAAGAAAAUCAUCCAGUCCAACAGAUUAUCUUCAACCACGAAGAAACACAUCCCUCCUUUGUCAAACAUCUCUAGCUCUUCCAAUCAUAACCCAUACUUGAGAACUUCUCAAUCUACAAACAAUGUCGAUAAUUACCAUAAAAGCAGCUGCAGAAAUAAUACUGCUAAUAGUCCCAACAAUCGUCAUCAUCACCAUCGUCAUAAUAAUAACAAUAAAAAUACUGCCACUCAUACUCCUAAUAAUAAUAGUAAUAAUAAUAAAAAUACAAAUUCAAGUAAUCCGAAAUCCACAAGAAAUGGAAACAAACACAGGAAAAAUAGAAAAAUUAUUUUAAAUCAAAAAUCUUCUGCUCAAAGCACUACUAAUAUUAACAAUACUAACAUAAACAACAUUUAUAAAGCUCCAAGAUAUCCAAAUUCCAUCAAAUCAAUUAAAUCAAUCCCCAAUACUAUAAACAGUUUCAAUUAUAGCAACUUUAAUAACAACUAUAACCAUAGUAUUGGUAACAACACAAAUUAUAACUAUUACUUGUAUUAUCAUGACAUUAACUCGAUAAACAACGAUACUUUUAGUUUAAAUGAAAACUAUCAAAACUAUCUCAUUAAUCAUAAUCUUAAUCACAAUAACAACAACAAUAAUUCUCUUUCAUCAACUCACUCAACUUUGACUUUAAACUCUUCUGUUAAUAUUCCUAGACAUUCUUCCUUUUUGUUUGAUAACAAUGAUUCCAUAAAUGAUAACAGCUCAAUUUUGAACAAUGAAAAAAUUAUCUUGGAUCAAGAUUCUCAAAAAAUCAUUGAUUUUAAUAGCCAAAAUCAUAACGAUAAUACUAAUCAUCAUAAUGAUGAUAUUAAAAUGGAUAUCGAUGCCAGUAUUGAAAUUAAUCAAAAUCAGAACGAAUAUGAAAACGCAAUUGAAAAUAAAAAUAAAAAUAAAAAUAAAAAUAAAAAUGAAAAUGAAAAUGAAAAUGAAAAUGAAAGGGAUAACGGUAAUAUUAUUACUUGCCUUGCUGACUCUAAUCAAAACAAUAACAAUGAUGGAAAUAUAGAUUUGGAAGACGAUGAUAAUAUAACUCAAACUCAAAGUAACCUAGACGAAAUAGAUCAUCAUAUUUUAUCUUUAAAUUCCUCACAAUCAAACAUAAAAUCAAUGAAAGGCUCAAUAAUGACUUCAAUAUCAUCUUACAAAGAACCGUCUAUUUUUGAUAGAAAUUCCAUCUUGAAUCGUAACUUGAAAACAGUCAUUAACGGAAAUUUCUUACAUUACAACAACAAUCACAAUAAUAAUCGACAUAAUUCUUUCAACAACAAUACUAAUACAAAUACAAAUACAAAUGCAAAUACUAUCAUUAACACUAACACAAAUACUAUUACUAAUAAUAAUAAUAAUAAUAAUACCAAUACUAAUUACCAUCAGAGUACUACUAAUAGUCUAAAGAAUGGAAGCAGUUUGACUGUGAAUAGUAUUGGCUAUGACUCUGAUGAUGAAUUUGGAUACACUCCUGCAACGUCAAUUUCGUCAGCUACAAUCCAAAGCUACCACUAUUAUUCUAAUAGCAGUACAAAUAAUAAUUAUACAUAUUCAAAUCCGUUAAGAAACGCUAUUGUUAAUGGAUCACAAGCUCAUUCAACGGCUGCAUCAAUGACAACAAAUGGGAAUCAAAUUGACUCAUCUUCUAUAAUCACGUUGGCCUCAUCAUCAAGAAACAUUUUAUAUAGAUCAAGAUCAUCAAGAAGAUCUAUUGAAACAUUCAAUUCAUCUACUGUCGGUAUUCCACCUUCAAGUAUAUUUGAACGAUUGAACUAUCAAAGCAAUUAUUAUCUGAGUAACAUUCCAAGCAACACACCAACUAAUAACACGAAUGACAAUAAUAUCACAUCUACAAGCACAGUCGAAGAAGAAGAUCUACUUUCUAAUACAAUUUCUAACGACUCCACGGCUAGAAACGAGACUCACAGCCUGGCAGAAGAAAAUCAUGACCAUAACAAUAACACUAAUAAUAACGGUCAUAAUGUCGAUAUUGAUAAUCAUAAUCAUAAUCAUAAUAACAAUGAUAAUAAUAAUAAUAAUAAUAAUAAUAGCGAGAUAUCUCAAACUUUAAGUUCAGAUACAUUUACGAUAUUAAGAAGUAACCAUUAUUCAAUAAGCAGUAGCUUAAACGUUAAUUUAAAUAAUGAUGAUUUAGUCAGUUUAAAAACUUAUUAUUCGUCAGGAAAUGCAUUGGCUAGUAAUAGUAGUACUCAUAAUAACAAUCAUAGUAAUAUUAAUAAUAUUAAUACAAAUAGUAGCAUUAAUAAUGCUAAUAACAAUUUUACUAGGACGAAUGAUGAUUAUGGUAGUUUAAAAAGUUUUUAG